AAGAAAAGAAGGGAAAAAAACCGCGACGAGGAAAGCGUGGAAGCGUGUGUGGCAAAGUUGGAAGGAAAGUGGAGCGUAAAUGCUCGCAGAGGCGCUUAAGCGGGCUUACGCGCGAGCAAGCGUAUCGUGAGCCGGCUUCGUAACGUGAAAACGUGUGAGGGAUGCGGCCCAUGGGCGAAGGGUGGGGUCUUUGGGCACCGAUAAGGCUUAUCCGAAGAUACGAUGGCCGGCUGCUCGGCUCUUGUCGCCAGUCGUAGUGCUCAGGUGGCCGAGGCGGGAUCGUCGUGCGCUUUAAUUCACGCUCCGAUAUCGCGGGUACGCGUCUGUUCCGAGUAUCACCAUCGCUAUCGCAUCGGCCUGGCCGGGAUCACCGGUUCGAUCGAAGGGAGCCACGCGUGAGGACCACGGGACCCAGGUGGCCAAACGGUGUGCUCCGCAGGGGGUGACGACUGGAUCGACCGAGGAACAGGGUGAACGAGGCCGAGGGAAGGAGGCACCGAGAUCCGGCCGCCGGGAGGACUCCUAUGAAAAUGCUUCAAUCGUUGAACGCUCUGGCGGGUAAGAUCUCGCCGGGCUCGCCGACCGACAGCAACGCGAACAAGGUGCACAUGCACAACAACAACAACAACAAUAACAACAACGUGGUGCAUCAUCAUCAUCAUCCGUACUCGAAGCAACAGGCGCAGCAGCCGUCGCCGUCGUCGCAGUCGAGCAACGGCGACCAGAAGGAGAACACCAUAAUGAACAACAACAGCGUGGAGCAGCCAGAUCCCGACAACAUAAAAAUGUUCGUCGGCCAGGUGCCUCACGAUAUGGAUGAAAACGAUCUGAGGAAGUUGUUCGAGGAGUUCGGUCGGGUGCAUCAGAUAAACAUCUUGCGCGACAAGAUCACCGGAAGUCAUAGAGGAUGUUGUUUCGUAACGUUCUACACGAGGAAAGCUGCCCUCGACGCCCAAAAUGCUUUGCACAACGUGAAAACCUUCAACGGGAUGCGCCAUCCGAUCCAGAUGAAGCCCGCGGACAGCGAGAACAGAAACGAACGUAAAUUGUUCGUUGGUAUGCUGUCGAAAAAGUUUACCGAGAACGACGUUAGGAACAUGUUCAGCGUCUAUGGAACCAUCGAGGAAUGCUCGGUGCUGAGGGACAGCACCGGAAAAAGUAAAGCCUGUGCCUUCGUUACCUUCGCUAGUAAACAAUACGCCAUCAACGCCAUUAAAGCUCUUCAUCACUCGCAAACGAUGGAGGGAUGCUCGUCGCCGCUGGUUGUGAAAUUUGCAGAUACGCAGAAGGAAAAGGACCAGAAGAGGAUGCAACAACUUCAGACGAAUCUUUGGAAUAUAGCAGGAGUCAAUAUGGCGCCGCAUUACCUGACCAACGAUACGCCAGCUUUGGCUCCCGCCUCGCUGCAGCUGUUGCAACAACUUCAGGCGACAACAAGCGCCGCGACUCCAGUUGCGGCAGGUGCUGGCGCAAGCGCACUGUCGAGCGUGCAGCAUCAAUUGUUGCUCCAACAGCACCUCGGUCUCGGCGCAGCAACUCCUGCGCAUGCGGCCGCGCCAGCCGUGCCGAGUCCGCCGGAAAUCAACCCUGCGAAUCUGCAGGGACUGGCGACGCUCGCGUCUUUGAGUAACACCGCCGGUGAGUAUGCAAAUGCGGGAGUAUCGCCGAUGAGUAUGCAAAACCUGGUUACUCUGGCUGCCAUGACAGGCGGAAACGGCAACCUUCAAGUGUCGCCAAACACGUUAAGCGGACUGGCGAAUUCGACAGCAGGUAUGUCGCUAUCUGUCCUUCUUGGAAAGAGCGGAAACACAGGGUCCACCGGAGGUAGCCUAAGUCCUGUCACGUCCCUAGCGCUCAAUUCCUUAACGGGGACACCUCUGAACGGGUUGCAGGACUCCUUGAGCAACGCCUACUCGAGUUUACAACAGUACGCAGGAUUUCCCGCGUUCACAGCGGCGGCAGCGGCGGCGGCGGCGGCGGCUCAAAAGGCGAAAUUCACUAACACGGAUAAGCAGAUAGAGGGUCCAGAGGGUUGCAAUUUAUUUAUCUAUCAUCUACCGCAGGAGUUCAGCGAUACUGACCUUGUCUCAACGUUUCUGCCAUUUGGAAAUGUGAUCUCGGCGAAGGUUUUCAUCGAUAAGCAGACGCAACUGAGUAAAUGUUUUGGCUUCGUGUCGUACGACAACGUGGCGAGCGCACAAGCAGCGAUCCAAGCGAUGAACGGCUUCCAGAUCGGUAUGAAGCGGCUGAAGGUCCAACUGAAACGAUCCAAGGACGCAUCGAAACCCUACUAGCCGACAUCGUCCACCGUUCGUAGCAGGUGGCCUGUGACGUUGUGACCGUGUUCUCGAUCGGAGUCGCCGUGCCAUGUCAGUAUCAGUCAGUCGAAUCGGUCAAUCGUUCGAUCGAUCGGUCAAUCGAUUAGUCGAUCAGUCGAUUAGUCACGACUCCUUGGUCAGCCUCUUGAUCAAUCAUUCUGUGUCUGUCGGUGCCUGUACACAUCUGCCCGCUCUCGCUCCUCUUACAAGAAGCGGUUGCCCGCUCUACUCCUACACAUAUAUUAUAUAUUACCAUGAUGCUUCCUAAUUUUUUCCUCACGUGACCAUCCUCGAAGAAAAAAAACGAGAAAAAAAAGACAACACUCCUCGAACGAAUCCAUCCACCUACGAGCUACCUCCAUGUUUUAUUUCGCGUACACGCGCACCGUUUCCGCGUAUUGGUCGCCACUGCUUGGUCUGUUCCACAUUUAACCGAGGAUAGAUGGCAGCACACUGAUUGUCAAUCGUGGCGCGUUACCCUGUGAACGCUCUGCUUCGUAAAUAGAAAACGAUAUAAAAAGAGAAAGAAAGAGAAGAAUCCUCAAUGGUCAUCAAUCAACUUUUAUAACUAUGGGCCAAGCCGGUGCGAAAUUAAUCGAGGUGCGGAAACGGAAUCAGAACGAGGAAUCGUCGUGGGAAAAAUAAAUGCUCGAUCUCGCAUUUAAAAAUUCGAGAGAGGCCAGGAAAACGGCGAUAUCAUCGUUCAGUGUGUAAAGAGUAGCGAAGCGGAAACCGGAGCACCACCGAUCGAGCACUAUGUUUUUAUGUUCCUUGGGCUGAACUGUAACACACGCUACCUUAUCUCUCUGUUUCUCUGUAUGUGUGUAUAUAUAUAUAUUAUAUAGCAUAUUCGAACGUAUGCAUACCCAUAUAUCUGUGCAUGUGUAUGUACGAAAAUGUGCGUAUGCGCGAGUUGUGCGGUCUAAAGCUGAUUGAAACACUAUAAAAAGAAAAGAGUUCGUUACAAUAGAAUAUAGUUACCGCGAUCUUUCAGUCGCUUAAUUUACAAGCGAUUCGAAAUAAACGAACGAAAAAGAAAUAUAGAAACGAAUCAAUUUUAGAUCGCAAUAAAUUAUUUGUGGACCUUUAGUGUAAGAAAUAUUUGCGUACAAUCAUUAACUAGCCGUUAAAAGGAAAGAAAAAAUAAUAAGGAACAAAAGUAUGCUCGUUCCAUGAGACGAAACUUGUAUAAAUACCUUGUAUGUAUUAUACGAGAAUACUAUCGCGCAUGCGUUCACUUAUCGACUGAGAAUCGAUUAUUAUCGGCUCACUUUCGGGAUCGCCGUCAGCGUCGCGAAUCGCCUGUUCAUAUGUAGAUAAAAAAAAAGAUACGCACUAAUUAUUAUAGUGCCGGCUCUAAUCGAAUAAAUAAUAGGAAAAAAGUGUGUGUAGAAAAUGGAGAACCAUUGAAACAAAAUCAUUGAAAAAAAAAAAAUAAUAAUAAUAAAACAAAGUGAAUGCAAACUAAACGCUAGAACGAAAAUAAAAGAAUAUGUGGACCGAGCGAAAUGGUCAGAGUCCGAUUAACUGUUGUAAAUUAAAAUAAUAUAAUGGUGUAAAGAUUACCAAAAAAAAGAACCAAAAACAAAAAAAAGACAAAACUGGAACAAGGAGACAAAACGAAGUGUAGGGAAAAACGAUACAUAAGUAGCAUUUUUUAAUGACUUUGUGAUAACGUUGUACCGUACAUAGGAUUGGACUAGGAUCGCUUUUUAACGUGUGUAUGAUAGAAAUAAGCGUGGCAUGAGGAACUUAAAAUGAUGGAAAAUUUCGAAUUAAACUAAAUUACAGGAAAGAAAGGAAAAAGCAAACAAAAUUUUUCAUCAGGUGACACUUCACUAGCGUGCACGCCAUCAUUCUUAUUUUCUUUCUUUUUUUCUUUCUCUCCCCCUUUUCUUUCGCCCGUACCGAGUAGGUACUUAUGAUUUUUAAUUGUUUUCUGUUGUGUUCGAACCUGUAGAUAAAUUAUACGUGUCCACGGGUAAACGAAAUUUGUACGUUUCAGUACACUAUGAGAAGAAAAAAGAAGAAAAUUGGAAACAUUCGAGAAAAUUUGAGAAACCUUUACGAUUAUUAUUAUACGACAGUCACGUGGCCGAUCACAUGAUUUAUACGAAUUAAUCUUGAGUCAGUAACCAUUUUUGUUACAUUAUAUGACAAAUAUAAAUGAUUUUACGAAACACCUAAGAGAAAAUAUUUGUACUUUGUUAACUUUGUUUUUAUCUACGUAGUGUUUAAGUUUUUCGAAACGAUGUAGAAGUGAUCAGGAUCUUCUAUUAAGAAUUAUAGGUUUUAAUUGAUCUUUUGAGGUUCAGAACUUCAAUAUAAGGACAUUUAGGUCGUUACUGAUGCAAGAUUAACUCAUUGAUGUCAUUGAUGUAAAGUACUUAAUUUCACUGUAUUCUUAAAAAGGUAUACGAUUUCAUCAAAAAAGUAGGAAAAAAAAAAAAAAAGAACAAAUAAGAUAUUGGAGAGUCCAGAAAUGAUAGUUGGAUAAUUUUCGUAUAAAAUUAAAUCGAUCUGCGUGUUCCUUACAUUAUUUCUUAUCGCCAAUUUAUGAAAGAUUUGCAUAUUUUGUGGAAUCGCUCUUAUUAUUUAAAAAUCAAGAAACGAAAAGAAAAAAUGAGAGGAAAAAAAUUGUUAAUAUUAUAGCAAGAUAAUGGAACAUUGCAUUGCUCUCCCUCAGAACAAAAAA